AUGAAAGGCUUAAAGAAAGCCAUGGUACGUGGCUGCAAAAUCUUACCACAGAAUCUGUCGCGCUCAAGGAGCAACGAGCAGACGAACCAGGGGCAGACCCGAGGUAACGGCGCUGGAAACGGCACGGGAACACCCCCACUUUCAGGUGUUGUGCCAGCGCCGCCAUCCAAAGAAGGAACGCGUAGCUUUUUGUUAGGAUCCUCGCGUACUCCAUCCGGUGCAAGCACGCCCGACAGUGCGAGCACGACAUGGCCGGCGCCUUCGCCGCCCUAUGCACAAACACCCCAGCGGCCGUCGGCGCCAAGCACGCCGGCAAACGGAGGCAUGGCACCCUCCGUGGCGCUUGCGCGGACACGACAGCCUGUGCAGCCGACCGUUGCACCAAAAGAUACAAUUCCCGUGACUCGCACGCCGCCGCGAAAGCAGCGGAGCAGCCGGAUGCAGACAAACGAGACAGUCGUACUCGAGCCGCUGCCCUCUUUCGCGGAAGUGCCGCCUAGUGAGCGGACGGAGUUGUUUGUGCGCAAGCUGCGGCAGUGCAGCGUCGUGUUUGACUUUAACGAUGCGAGCCGCGAGCUUCCCGGGAAGCAUAUCAAGGCGCAGGCACUGCAGGACAUGUUUGAGUAUAUCACCACGCAACGUGGUGCAAUUCCAGAACCCGUGUACCCCGAGAUGGUACACAUGUUUGCCUCGAACCUGUUCCGAACCAUUCCUUCUCAGACGAAUGCGUCGGGAGAUGUGUUUGACCCCGAGGAAGACGAACCGGUGUUGGAGCUCGCCUGGCCGCAUCUGCAGGUUGUCUACGAGCUUUUCUUGCGUUUCAUCGAGAGUCCCGAGAUGAACACGAAUAUUGCGAAAAAAAACAUUGACCAGUCGUUUGUCAUCCAGCUCCUGGAGCUGUUUGACAGCGAAGAUCCACGCGAGCGCGACUUUCUGAAGACGCUGCUGCACCGUAUUUACGGCAAGUUUUUAAACUUGCGCGCGUUUAUUCGCCGCUCCAUCAACAACGUCUUCUUCCAGUUUAUCUACGAAACGGAGCGGCACAAUGGGAUAGCCGAGCUGCUCGAGAUUCUUGGCUCCAUCAUCAACGGCUUUGCGCUUCCGCUCAAGGAGGAGCACAAGACCUUUUUGACGCGCGUUCUUCUUCCGCUGCACAAGGCGAAAGGGCUUGGGUUGUACCAUCCGCAGCUCGCCUACUGUGUCGUCCAGUUUAUCGAAAAGGACGGUUCGCUCACCGAGGAAGUGGUGCUCGGCCUUUUGCGGUUCUGGCCCAAGACCAACUCGCAAAAAGAGGUCAUGCUCCUUAACGAGAUCGAGGAGAUUUUGGACGUGGUCGAGCCGCAGGAUUUUGUAAAGAUUCAAGUUUCGCUCUUCCAGCAGCUUGCCCGCUGUAUCCAAAGCCAACACUUCCAAGUCGCGGAGCGCGCGUUGUACUUUUGGAACAAUGAAUAUGUUGUAAAUCUGAUGGGAGAUAAUAUCCACGUUGUGCUGCCCAUCGUCUUUGACAGCUUGUACGACAACUCCAAAGCACAUUGGAAUCAAACGAUCCAUACCCUUGUCUACAACGCGCUCAAGCUGUUUAUGGAGAUCAAUCCAGCAUUUUUCGAUCUGGUCUCUACAGAAUCUCAGCAGAAGCGGGCCUUGGAACAGCAAAAAUCAGUCCAUCGCGAGCAGGCGUGGCGCAAGAUGCGUGGCGCUGCGCUGCGCAACUCACAGCGGUUUGGAAUGCGUGCGCCAAAGACGCUUGUGGACGAUGAGCUCUCUGGUUCGCGCGCCGCUGUCCAGCAGAGUCGGCGCUCUGAAGGCGGCUUGUCGGAUAUGAUGCCGCUCGCCGCGUCCAUCUCGAACCUUGCACCGCGUGCACUGAGUCUGAACACGGGUGCAAACCCUGCGCUCGGCUCGUCGAUCCUUGAUGAUCGCGAGUUGUCGCCGAAUAGUACCUCGGGUACUUCGUUCAACAGCGACUUUGAGGAUGCUGAGUUUGGUACCGAUAUCCCCGAGGUGGCGCUCUCUGCGUACGAGCAUGAUCCUACUUCUGCAUUGGCAAGCCCAUUUAUUAACUCUACCCCUCUGCUCCGCCGCAAGGAAAAUCCGUAG